GACGAUUGCGAUACAACUGGAUUUCGGAAACUUCUGAAAAAAAUAUCUCGGCAGUUAACAAAAUGUCAUCGCAUCUCUCAUCUUUUCCAGAACUUUCGAUUCCUCUUCCUUAUAUACUGCCUCUCUUCCGACUGCCCUUUUCAAAUUAAGUGACACUACCAGACUCAUUUCGAAAUUCGUUUAAAAAAAUCCAACGUUUGUCAAAUGGCAACGCACCGUUGACAUUCUGAGAUGAAAUUUUCCUGAUCAAAGUCAGAAAACCCAAUUCAGGGAAUCCAAAACCCUUAUGGUUGAAUCUAUUUUCUUCAGCUGCCUAGUUCAAAAGAUCUGUUUUUUAAGAUGAAAUUUCCCUUGCAGGUAUCAUAACAUCCGAAACCCAUUUCUCAAAUUCCAAGACCCAUCUGAUUUAAACCUCUUUUCUUCACAUACCCAAUUCGAAAAAUCCAAUCUUUGAGAUGAUUUCGACCUUCAAAUCCCAAAUCCUGGAAACCCAUUUCAGAUAGGCUCAAACCCAACUCGAAAAAUCUCGCCUUUUGAUAUGAAAUUAAGCUCUUUUUCCUGAACCCAUUGAAUUGUACCCGUUUUCUACUCGUUUUCCUGAAUUUCCCAUCUCUAGCCAAACAGAGGCCUGUGCCAGGGAGAAAGCAAUGAAAGGUGUGGUGGUGAAGGAAGAGGAAGCUGGCGGCAGCUCGUCUUUUGUCUUGUCUCCACAGCCGAUGGAGGGAUUGCACGAUUCCGGCCCGCCUCCGUUCUUGACAAAGACAUUCGACAUGGUUGAGGACCCGGCAACUGACUCGGUCGUAUCUUGGAGCCAAUCUCGCAACAGCUUCAUCGUGUGGGAUGCGCACAAGCUCGCCACAAAUCUCCUUCCCAAAUACUUCAAGCACAGCAAUUUUUCCAGCUUCAUACGCCAGCUCAAUACAUACGGUUUUAGAAAGGUUGAUCCAGAUCGAUGGGAGUUUGCAAAUGAAGGGUUUUUGGGAGGGCAGAAGCAUCUAUUGAAAAACAUCAAGAGGCGAAGGCAUGUCCCUCAGAACUUACAACAGCAGGAAACCAGUGCUUGCGUUGAAUUGGGACAAUUUGGUGUGGAAGAUGAAGUGGAGCGACUGAAAAGAGAUCGCAAUGUACUAAUGGUUGAAAUCGUGAAGCUUAAACAACAACAGCAGAACUCCCGAGCCCAACUCGCUGCCAUGGAAGAAUGGUUGCAAGGUACAGAGAGAAAGCAGCAACAGAUGAUGGCCUUCCUGGCCAGAGCUCUUAAGAACCCAACUUUUGCCCAGCAGCUGAUGCAGUGUGGUGAGCAGAAGAAAGCAUUUGGAGGCGUUGGAGGGAAACGUAGAUUGCCGGCGAGUGCAAGUUCAGAGAACCUGCAAGAGGAAGUGAUAUCGGCCAUGGGUGCUCGGGCUGUUAGCUACCCACAUCAGACAGUGGCUGAGGAAGAAGUUGCGAUUGAAACGGAGAUUGAGAUGCUACUUUCUGCCAUGGAUAACAACUCAGGCAGUUCUAAUACAAAUCCAACUGUUGAAGUUAUCCCUGGCCAUAGUGACUGGGAUUCGGGUUCCGCAAAUGACAUUUUGUGGGAAGAAUUACUGAAUGAGGAGCUGAUUGCAGGGAAUUUAGAAGAAGGGGAAGAAGAACAAAGGGAGAUUGAUGUGGAGGUGGAGGAUUUGGCUGCUAGGCCAUGUGAUUGGAGUGACAAUCUACAGGUCUUGGCUGAGCAAAUGGGUUUUCUGGGGUCAAAGCCAUGAAGGCAAAUCCAAUCGGAAUAAAACCCAAACGCCCAAUGCCAUCUUCUUCCACCAUCUUUCCAGUAUUUAUGUUGUCGUCCUCUACGUCUUCAUACCUGGGUUUCGCCAUAUAUGCACCAUUGUGGCUGUAUCCAUUGUUUGGCAGAUGGCUUUUCUGGGGUCGAGGCAGUGAAGCCAAAUCCAAUCGGAAGAAAACCCAAACGCCCACCACCAUCUUCUGUCUGUCUUUCCAGCAUUGGUGCUGUCGACCUCCGCAUCUUCGUGUGUGUUUCGCCCUAUUGGUACUGUUGUGGUGGUACCAAUUGUUUGUUGUAGUGUGUUUGCAAUGUACUUGUCAUUGGGAGGGAGUGGUGUAACUAAAGUUGGGGGUGUUUGGUCUGCAGGGCGGACCAAAGAUGCAGAGGACAGCAGCGAUGAUAAUUCAGUUUCUAUAUCCUUUUUAUUGAUGUCCUAUUUUUGGACUGUUUCUGUUUCUCGUUCCUAUUCUUUGUUCUUUGAUGGGGCUUCUUAGAUAAUCAUAUUGAUUUAGCUGAUGAUGAUUUUGGUUCUGUGAUGUGUUUUGUAGGUCAUGCAUGGUUCGAGUCAAGGAGAGAUGGCCGGAGACUUUGGGGAGGAAGCAGUAGCUGCAAUCUUUCUGCAAUGGCUGUUCUUUCUUCCUUUUCCUUGAUUCCUUGCUGUAAUGGGUGGCCCAAUGAAAGAGCGGUAAGUGUGCUUGUUAUAUGCUGGAUGAAAUGAUGUUUUAACUUUUUCAUCGGAACAUCCACAACUGAUAAGUAGAUAGAGCAUGAUUUCAUUAGACAUGUUAAGGUUGCAGAAUUUCCUGCGUCUCUUGCUCUA